UUCCAUCUGAUUCCUUCCACCAUUGGACACCUUUAACCAUCACCUAAUAGCCUACAUUGUCACCGUCACCAUCAUUUAGUACACUCCAUAACAACCGUCACCACAUUUGCACACUCACAACUACCCAACGCCACCCAAUACAAAUACGCAACACCCAUAACUUAGCCAAAAUACCAUGAAGCCAGCUUGUUGCACUAUUCCAGUCUAGAGUUAAAGCCUUGUAGGGGGAUCGAUCGCCAUCGAGGUCGCAUUAGCUCGAAGCCUGCUUUCAAUUCUGGACCCCACCAUCAGCUAUGGUAGUCACUGUUUAUUAACCAACAUUUGAAGACAAGGAUUCUGGGAGCAAUGACUAUAGAUAAACUUGCUCGAUCUGUACAAGGUCCAAUCUCCCAGUUAUUGGGCAUAUCUACAAUUUCAGAGCUGUUGAGUAAACGGCACUGGUCAGGGCUCAAAACCCAUCUUUGUGCGACCAAACCUGCAAUAGUUCUUGACCAAUUGCUAAAUGCUGGAGUUGAUUCAGAACUUGUUUCUAGGUUCUUUCGAUGGUCUCAGAAAGAGUUCAAUUUUUCAUAUGAUCUUGAAGCAACUGGCAAAGUUUUGCAUUUUCUGACAAAUUCAAAAAGGUACUCUAAAGUCAGGUCAUUUUUGGAUAACCUUGUUAAGAAGAAGAAACAUACAGUUUCUUCUGUUUUUCACUACCUUUUGUUGGGCAGUAAUCGAUCUUGUGCAAAUGCUCUAAUAAUUGAUAUGUUGGUCCUAGCUUAUGUUAGAAAUUUAGAAGUGCACUCUGCUUGUGAAGCAUUUAGGCGAGCUCAAGAUUAUGGAUUUAAAUUAUCAUUGACUUCAUGCAAUCCGUUGUUGAGUUCUUUGGUGAAGGAGAAUAACAUUGGUGAAAUGGAGUUUGUGUACAAGGAGAUGAUAAAGAGAAGAAUUCAACCUAACUUGACCACAUUCAACAUUUUCAUUAAUGGUCUUUGUAAAGCUGGUAAGUUGAAUAAGGCAGAGGAUGUUAUUGAAGACAUGAAGGCCUGGGGAAUUUCCCCAAAUGUAGUUACUUAUAAUACUCUUGUUGAUGGGCAUUGCAAGAAAGGUAGUGCUGGAAAAAUGUACAAAGCUGAUGCUAUUUUGAAGGAAAUGCUUGCGAAUAAAGUUUGUCCAAAUGAGAUUACCUUUAACACUCUUAUUGAUGGGUUUUGUAAGGAUGAGAAUGUAUUGGCUGCGAAGAAGGCUUUUGAAGAGAUGCAAAGGCAGGGACUAAAACCUAAUUUAGUUACUUAUAACUCACUGAUAAAUGGUCUAUCUAGUAAUGGGAAGAUAGAUGAGGCUAUUGCUUUUUGGGACAAGAUGGUUGACUUGGGCUUGAAGCCAAAUAUUGUUACUUAUAAUGCUCUUAUUAAUGGGUUUUGCAAGAAGAAAAUGAUGAAGGAAGCAACAAAACUCUUUGAUGAUAUAACUAAGCAAGAUUUGGUUCCCAAUGCAAUAACAUUCAAUACCUUGAUUGAUGCGUACUGCAAGGACGGGAUGAUGGAGGAAGGACUGGCGCUAUUUAGAUCAAUGCCAGAUGAAGGGAUUUCUCCUAAUGUUUCUACAUAUAACUGCUUAAUUGCAGGCUGGUGCAGAAGCCAGAACACAAGAGCUGCCAAUGAGCUUCUCAGUGAAAUGGAGAACAAGGGCUUGAAAGGUGAUGUUGUAACUUACAACAUCUUAGUAGAUGGAUGGUGCAAAAAUGGUGAAUCAAGAAAGGCAGAAAAACUACUUAAUGAAAUGCUCAAUGUGGGUGUGAAACCUAAUCAUGUGACAUAUAAUACUUUGAUGGAUGGCUAUUGUGAGCAGGGAAAUCUCAAGGCGGCGUUGAAUGUGAGGGAACGGAUGGAGAAAGAUAGGAAGAGGGCAAAUGUUGUGACAUAUAAUGUGUUGAUUAAAGGAUUUUGUAAAACAGGGAAGCUAGAGGCCGCAAAUGGCCUUCUUAAUGAGAUGUUGGAAAAGGGUUUGAAUCCAAAUCGUACUACCUAUGAUAUUGUAAGACUGGAAAUGUUGGAGAAGGGUUUUAUUCCAGACAUUGAAGGGCACUUGUAUAAUAUCUCUAGCAUGUCUUAACAUGAACUUGAUGUGCUAGAUGGAAUUUUUGGUAUCAAUGUAAUUAUUUGUUGUUUAGAGUUCGAUCCGGCUCCUUACUAGACCUCUCGCAUCGCGGGAGCUUUACUACCAUUUUGUAGAGUUGUUUAUUGUUGGCAUUACUAUCACCUGAGUAAAAUGUAAAUUAUUUGCA